AUGGCGCCAGUCGCUCAAAUCACUUCGUCACUGCUGCUGGGCUUCGCGCUCUGCUUCAUGGUGCUGGCGGUGUGCUUAAACCAUUGGGCCGGUGGCAACCUCCUUCACUACGGGGAGUCGCAGGGUGCAACGACGGCGUGGGCCUGUGCAGCCCUCCUAAUCACCGGCGUGGUGCUUUGGACCGCCGCUUUCAUACUCGGCCUCGUGCGCUUCUGCAGCCACGAGGAUCUGAUCGGUCAGCGGGGCGUGGGAUUCUACUAUCUCCUCACCCUUUACUUUGGCACUGCACUCAGCAUCAUCGGGGUGUUGGUAUACGUCGCCAUCCUGGGUGAGGACUGGUCCUACCUCCUCGCCGUCACCUCAUGGACCUCUAGCUUCGUCGUCUCCGUCAUGGCGGUCACUACUUGUCGGUGUGGUGCCAAGCGCCCAUAA